CUUAUAUGCGGAACUAUUCAACUUGCCUCGUUUGCCAGCCACGUCUUUGAAUCAAAAACAACUCAUUCGACUGGGUGGUUGUUCUAAUUUCUUAUACAUUUAUAAAAGGGGCAUUUUGGGUUUGAAUUAAUCAUCACGACUGUGAAGAAUGAAUGAAAAGACUUCGUUGCACUUGUUGACCGCUGUCCUUUUAACAGCCGUUGCUGCGGGAGAAACGGUUAACAUCCCGGGAGGUAGACUGCUGAUGGGAACUAAUGCGGCGGACGGGCGGGAUGGAGAAUCCUCCAUCAGAGAGGUGGAAAUACAACCUUUUGGGAUGGACAAAUAUCCGGUAACAAAUGCCCAAUUCAGAGACUUUGUGAGAUCACAGAAGUAUAGAAGUGAAGCUGAGACAUUUGGCUGGAGUUUUGUGUUUCAGGAUUUUGUGUCAGAUGAGUUAAAGAGCAAAGUCACUCAGACGAUUGAGUCUGCUCCUUGGUGGCUGCCAGUAGAGAGAGUAUUCUGGAGACAGCCUGCAGGACCUGGUUCAGGCAUCCGGGAGCGUCUGGACUUUCCUGUGGUUCAGGUGAGCUGGAAUGAUGCUCAGGCUUUCUGUAGGUGGAAAGGCCACAGACUACCCACUGAGGAGGAGUGGGAGUGGGCCGCACGUGGAGGACUGCAAGGUAGGACUUAUCCAUGGGGGAACAAGUUCCAGGUCAACAGAACCAACCUGUGGCAGGGACCGUUCCCAGAUGGUGACACAGCAGAGGAUGGAUAUCAUGGCCUCGCCCCCGUCACAGCGUUUCCUCCUCAGAACAAUUACGGACUCUAUGACAUGAUGGGCAACACAUGGGAGUGGACGUCCAGUGUUUUCCUAGCAGCAAAGCAAAUGUACGUGCUGCGCGGCGCCUCCUGGAUCGACACCGCCGACGGUUCGGCCAAUCACAAGGCUCGGGUCACAACCAGAAUGGGAAACACUCCUGACUCUGCAUCUGAUAACUUGGGAUUCAGAUGUGCUGCCAGCCAUGGACAGAAAACAAACAAGGACAAGGCAGAAUUGUAGCAACAUCUACAUGAAUGAUCUGAUAGAUUACAAGUUGGAAAAUAAAUCUAAAGGACAAAGUUAGGGUUGAUAAAUGUUUACUUAGUGAUGGAAGCAACGGGAACAAAAAAAGCUACAACAUAAUACAUUUCUCCUGUGGAGAGCUGAGAACCUGUUUGAUUUUAUAGAUCUUGUUUACAAAAAGGGAAAAACAGAAUACAAUAAUAAAAGUUGAUUCAAACCAUUCCACAGUUUGACUCCACAGAAAGCUUCAAAAGAGCAUUAGCUUCCUUUAUUUCAUACCUGAAUUUUUUUACUCUUCAAUAAAUGUUAUAGAUCUGGGGAAUCAAA